AUGGCAAAAACUGCAAAACUCUUGCAAAAUGGGUAUAUGGUGAAAGAGGGAAGCAACGUGAAGAACUGGAAGAAACGAUGGUUUGACUUUAUGAGUGAUGGGGUGUUGAAUUAUUACACGAAUCGGCAAGAGACAUGCCAAAAAGGGAGUCUAGACCUUACCCAUGCGACACAAGUCAUCAAAAACAAUACAAAGAAGUUGAUGUUAGAAGUCACAUUUGACACACAGCGUGUUUUUCGACUUCGUUUUGACGAUGAAAGUGUGGAAGACCGGUGGUUCAAAUGUUUCACCGAGUACAUCGAUGACAGAAAAACGUAUUUAAGAACGGGGUUUUCUAUAUAUGACCCGGUCCAUUUGGAUUCAUUCACAUUUUCCGACUCAAUUGGAGCGACAGAAAAGGGGCAAGUCCAAAACGUGAAAAUGAUAACUACACAACGGUGUUAUUCACUCAAAACACUCAGACAAGCUGCCUUGAACGAUUUUGAGAAAAUGGAGACGAUGAAAAUCCAUGAGAGUCUGAGAGCGACAGACUCUGCCUUUGUGAUCCAGACCCUUUCGAUAUUUGUCGAAGAGAAUUUGUACUUUGUGAUGACAAGUUACCCAUCAAAAAGACUUGCAGACGUCAUGAACAAAUCAAUUUUGCCGGUGCCAAGAAUCAAGUUUUACGCAACGGAAAUUUUGUUGGCGCUGAACGCACUGAAACAAUGCAAUUACGUCCAUAGAGAAAUUAAUCCCGAGACUAUAUUCAUUGGGGACGACGGACAUGUUUUGGUCUCAACACCAAUUGGACUGAAUUUGACAUACAAAAGUGGCAUCAACUAUGUUGCUCCGGAAAUCAUACAAAAGAAGUCUUCGUCCUUUUCAUGCGACUUUUGGUCUCUGGGGAUCAUCCUCUUUUCUAUGGCUUUUGGAGACUCGCCAUUUUUCGAUACCAACCCCGACAUUGUUGCAAAGAAAAUUAUGAACGAACCCGUCAACUUUCCAUAUAACACAUUUCCAGAGGUCGAAAGCUUUAUAGCGGAAAUGCUUGAGAAAGACCCCACGAAGAGAGCGUGUGAAUAUGAAAUACUCAAAAAACGACCGAUAUUCAUUGGAAUUAGUUUUGAGAAAUUCAUUAAAAAGGAGAUCAGUGUAAGUAACUAA